UUUACAAACUUAAGCAUAUCAGAGUUACUGCCCCUAUAUAGUACAUCGCCAUUUGUACAGACGUAAACACGCAAGUUGUUAUCAAUACUUUCAUAAAAUAAGGAUACAAGCAUCUCAGUGUUGUAUUAGGCAUAAAGACAUGAGAAUAAGUAUAUUACAACGAUGUAUAAAACAUGGUGUAUUUCAUCACAAGAAGAGGCUUAUCAGUUAUCAUCUAAAUCCUAGACAAUUACGUAGGCAUAGCACACAAUCUAAUGAUGUUCUUAUUCUGUCUGAGGAGGUCGAGUCGGCAGUGCAUUCUGGGAAACCGUUGGUUGCCUUGGAAACAACAAUAAUCACUCAUGGAAUGCCGUACCCGGAUAACCUUAGUACAGCUUUAGAUGUAGAAGAUAUAGUGAGAAAGGGUGGGGCAGUUCCAGCUACAAUAGGAAUACUCGACGGCCGCAUACAUGUUGGAUUGAACAAAGAACAGCUAGAAUUUCUCGCCGAUCCAAAAACAGCAUCCGUGAAAACCUCAAGACGAGAUUUGCCGUUUGUACUUUCUCAGGAAUUAAAUGGCGGGACAACAGUUUCGGGGACGAUGGUUGUGGCGAAUAUGGCCGGAAUACCAAUAUUUGUUACUGGAGGUAUUGGCGGGGUACAUCGAGGGGCGGAGUCAAGUAUGGACAUCAGCGCUGACCUAACAGAGUUGGCAAGGACACCAGUAACUGUUAUAUCUGCCGGGAUCAAGUCUAUACUAGAUAUUGGACGAACCCUAGAGUACUUAGAAACUGAGGGGGUUUGUGUUUCUGCCUUCGGUACAUCACGUGACUUUCCAGCAUUCUUCACUAGGACCAGCGGAUAUACAGCCCCAUAUAACUGCAAGACAGCUCAUGAAGCAGCCGAAAUGAUUUACGCUAGAGAACGAAUAGAGUUACAGACUGGUACUCUAAUUGCUGUACCGAUACCGGAAGUGUAUGAUGUCCUGGGACAAGAAAUAGAAACUGUGAUACAGUCUGUUAUUAAAGAAGCGGUAACAAAGAAUAUUCAGGGAAAAGAGAUAACGCCAUUCAUUUUACAACGAGUAAAUGAACUAACACAUGGACAGUCAUUAAAAGCUAAUAUUGAACUGAUAAAAAACAAUGCUGCAGUUGGCACUGAGAUAUCUGUAGAACUGAAUAAACUCCAACAUACAGACAGACAAACAACAACAACAAAGUCUUCAUCUAAACAAACCGUACAAGUGGAAAGAGGGCAAAGAUUUAUACCACCGAAAAAUAAACAAGUUUGUGUAGUGGGCGGAUCUAUUGUGGACUUUACAGCAAGAAUGUCAUCUGCAGAUUUCAAAAUGAAUGGCGGAACAUAUCCUGGUCACGUGACACAGUCAUUCGGUGGCGUGGGUCGUAAUAUAGCUGAUGGUUUAACAAGACUUGGUGUUGAUACCUUGUUUAUCUCUGCUAUAGGAAAUGAUUCUCACAGAACAGCGUAUGAAGCACACUGUAGUCACAUGAACCUUGAUGCGGUGACUAGGCUACCUAAUCAGAGUACAGCCACAUAUUGUGCUAUGUUAAAAGAAAAUGGUGAACUUAUGUUUGGUAUUGGAGAUAUGGACAUACACGCAGAGAUUACACCACAAUAUAUAUCACAAUUUGAAGAUAAAAUAAAGACAUCAUCUUUAGUUUGUAUUGAUGGAAAUAUAUCUGUAGAUUCCAUAGAGUAUGUGUGUUUAUUGUGUGCUCGAAAUAGUAUACCAGUGCUGUUUGAACCAACUGAUAUUAACAAAGCAACCAAGCCAUUUUUGAAAUUACACGACCGUCCUAUCACUUACGCAUCUCCGAAUUUCAAUGAAUUAAAAAUGAUGGCCUCUUAUUUUUUGUCACGUGACUUGGAUGUGACAGGUAUUUAUCUGCCAUUCAAAUACACAGUGGGACAACAUUACUCCCCACUGUUUCCUUUUACGGGGACCCGCCUGUUGGAACGCUCGGGGAAAAAUGGCGUCCAGGGUGACGUCAUAAUGGACCAUUAUCCUGCUACUUCCGGUGACCAGCAACACACUGAUAUUGUCAGCGUUUCCGGCGCUGGCGACUGUUUAGUUGCAGCAUUUGUAGCGAAGUUACUGGACGGUGAGGAUAUGGACUAUUGUAUAAGAGCUGGUCUACUCGCUGGUCAGGUGUCCCUUAAAUCAAGUCAGGCGGUACCCUCUACACUAACACCGGACGUUAUGUCGAGGGAAAUGAUCAAUCAACAAAUGAAUGUUAGACCUCGGAGUUUGACCUUUUGUUAAAAUAAAUAAAUAAACAUAUUCAAAAUAUCUUAAUUAAUCAGAGAAAAAAAUGGUGUGUACAUUGCAAAUGUCAGCAGUGUGUUGAUGAUUAAAGAAUGAAAUAUA